AUGGUGCACCUAAAGGGAGGGGAAAGACGCCCUCUCAAUGUGCGCUCUGUGAAUAUCGACGCGUUCAGGUCCGAGCUGCUGUCAAAGUUCCCUUUUCUAUCCGAAGAGGAGAAGGAGAAUCCUCCCGUGCCUCAGACGUGGGAGAAGCUUCGCGCUCAGAAGCUCAGACGCUAUCCAUCAACAUGUCAAACUGUGCACGGCGAGGAACUUCUCGAUGAUCAUGGGAUGGAAGGCUACGUUUUCAAAGUAACGGCAGACGGACGUGGGCCGGCGGAAGCUGUGAAUGCAGGUGUUCUGGCUGGUAAACCGGUGCCGCGAGGGCCGCCCCCCGAAUCCUACACCGAACGGGACAUGAUUCAAUUCCUACGAUCAUUUUCUUCCGACCACGACGCUUGGACGCUGGAAAAUGAGGACCAGAACAACAUUCAAGUCCGUCAGAUCCUAUCAGAGAUGGAUGGUAGUCUAGGUUGGAUCAGGCUGGAUCGUAGAGACAUGAACAAGAUUAUCCAUACAUGGGGACUGGACGUCGGUUACACGAUGAACGGCAUGGGGUUCCAGGACAACCCCUUCGGGAUCAUGAAGAAAUUGGUCGCACCGGACACGCCGUUGGACAAUGGCAAAAUGCGGCAGUGGAUGCACCUGGCCCAUUAUAUGGGAUAUAGCCUUCGUGUCUUUGAGCGGCGAAAUUGGAUCGGCUCAGGGAUUCUUGUGGAUGGUGGCGAUGUACUAACGUUACCGUUCCAAGGCACGUGGCAGACGGCCACUCAGGCCUACAAAGCCUUCCUUUUAGAACAAGAUUGUGAGACUGAUGGCGACUGA